CUGGGUUAAAAAGGUGAGAAAUAUCCACAUAAUCCUACAAGAGAAGAACAAACUCCAGGUGCAGCUGGAGUCUGUGACAUACUGUGGUAAAGAUGGAGUUUAUUAAAGAGGAGAUUGAAGACAUGAGUGAUCCAGAACCAUCCAGAAUAAAACAUGAAGAUACUGAGGAACAAACAGGCUGGACAGAAGUAAAACAGCAAAGACGUGAGGUGAAUAAAGUGAAGGAGGAACCCUGUAAAAUCAAAACUUCAAGAAAAAAAGCCAAACAGCUGCACGCCUGCACAAGGUGUCUAAAGAGUUUCAAACACAAAGAAUACCUUAAGAAACACAUGAGAGUCCACACUGGAGAGAAACCAUUCACAUGCCCUCAGUGUGGAAAGAGUUUUGCUGGAGCAUCAAGUCUCCGUUAUCAUCUUCACAUUCACUCUGGAGAAAAGCCUUUUAACUGUGACCAGUGUGGUAAAAAGUUUAUUACAUCAUCACAACUAAAACUCCACAUGAUAAGUCAUUCAGAUGAGAAGCUUUAUGUGUGUACUUUCUGUGAAAAGAGUUUUUCAUGGCUGAGCAGUUACAAACAUCAUCAGAAAAUACAUAAUGAAGUGAGAGAUCAUGUGUGUUGUGAGUGUGGGAAGAGCUUUAUCACAGCUGGGGAUUUGAAACGGCAUCAAAGAAUUCACACUGGAGAAAAACCUCACAAGUGCUCAUAUUGUGACAAGAGUUUUGCGCAGUCUGGAAACCUGAAAGUACAUGAAAUAAUACAUUCUGGAGAGAAGCCAUACUACUGUAUUCAGUGUGGAAAGGGUUUUACUGCAGCAUUAAGUCUCAGUUAUCAUCUGCUCAUUCACUCUGGAGAAAAGCCUUUUAACUGUGAUCAGUGUGGUAAAAAGUUUAUUACAUCAUCAAGUCUUAAAAAACACCUGACAUUGCAUUCAGAUGAGAAGCCUCAUGUGUGUUCUUACUGUGGAAAGAGUUUUUCACAACUGAAGCACUGUAAACAGCAUCAGAAAACACACAAUGGAGUGAAAGAUCAUGUGUGUUGUGAGUGUGGGAAGAGCUUUACUAGAGCUGAUCAUCUGAAACAGCACCAAAGGAUUCACACUGGAGAAAAACCUUACAAGUGUUCAUUUUGUGACAAGAGUUUCACUGUGUCUGGACACCUGAAAUCACACAAGCGAGUUCAUACUGGAGAGAAACCAUAUCACUGUACUUAGUGUGGAAAGAGUUUCACUAAGUCAGCAGAUCUACUGACUCAUAUUAAAAAGCAUUUCUAUGUGUUAGAGUUAGCAAAUAUUUUCUACAGAUGCAAGGUUUUUUGCAUAAAUAUUUUCUUAGAUAUCUAUUUAUGCAUUUCCCUGCAACAUAAAAGUUGCAUAUAGGCGCUGUAUAAUGAUGCAAAUAAAUUUUACAUUUCAGUGACUUCUCUAAUUAAGUGUGAUGUGUUAGUCCAUUAGGCUAUAGUA